GUAACUAGGUUCCCGACCGGCUUGCGCCGGAGUGCGUUGGGCGAUAACUGUUCCUAGCUUCGGGACGUUGGAGUGUGCGGACGUCUGUCGCGUGUGCAACAGGUGCACGGAGGAUACAGAGCCCCGGGAUUCGGAUUUGUUAGCGGUACACGGAGCGGUGGCAAGUCGACAACACGAACCAGAAUAGUUAACCCUCUCUUGGUGGCGGACAACAAAACAAGUCAAGAUGCCGAAACCGGUAAACGUACGGGUGACCACCAUGGACGCGGAACUGGAGUUUGCGAUCCAGGCCAGCACAACAGGAAAGCAACUCUUUGACCAGGUGGUCAAGACAAUAGGCCUCAGAGAAAUCUGGUUCUUUGGCCUGCAGUACUUAGACAACAAAGGCUACGUGACGUGGUUGAAGCUGAACAAGAAGGUUCUCAGCCAAGACGUGAAAAAGGAGAACCCCCUUCUCUUCAAGUUCCGUGCCAAAUUCUACCCCGAAGAUGUUGCCGAGGAGCUCAUCCAGGAGAUAACUCUGCGCCUUUUCUACCUGCAAGUGAAGAGCGUGAUCCUGACUGACGAGAUCUACUGUCCACCCGAGACGUCCGUGCUGCUGGCCUCUUACGCUGUCCAGGCGAAAUAUGGAGACUACAGUGCAGACCUUCACAAGCCAGGCUGCCUCUCCAGCGACAGGCUCCUGCCCCAGAGGGUGAUGGACCAGCACAAGCUGUCGAAGGACCAGUGGGACGAGAGGAUAACCAACUGGUGGGCCGAGCACAAGGAGCUGCCCCGGGAAGAUGCCAUGAUGGAGUACCUCAAGAUCGCCCAGGAUCUGGAGAUGUAUGGAGUGAACUACUUUGAGAUCAAGAACAAAAAGGGCACCGAGCUCUGGUUGGGAGUUGACGCCCUGGGCCUCAACAUCUACGAGAAGGAGGACAAGCUGACCCCCAAGAUUGGUUUUCCUUGGAGUGAAAUCAGGAACAUCUCGUUCAACGACAGGAAGUUUGUCAUCAGGCCCAUCGACAAGAAGGCUCCGGACUUUGUCUUCUUCGCCCCCCGACUUCGCAUCAACAAGCGUAUCUUGGCGCUGUGCAUGGGCAAUCAUGAACUGUACAUGCGUCGCCGCAAACCAGACACCAUCGAGGUGCAGCAGAUGAAGGCUCAGGCCCAGGAAGAGAAGCUAGCCCGAAAGCAGGAACGGGAGAAGCUGCGCAAGGAGACUGAGGCCCGCGAGAUGGCGGAGAAGAAGCAGCAGGAGUAUGCGGAGCGCUUGCGGCAGAUGCAGGACGAGAUGGAGAAGCGGCAGAAGGAGCUGCUGGAGGCGCAGGACACAAUCCGGCGGCUGGAGGACCAGCUGCGCCUGGUCCAGGCAGCCAAGGAGGAGUUCGAGCUCAAGCAGCGCGAGCUCGAGGAGAUGAUGAAGAAGCUCGAGAACGACAAGAUGAUGGAGGCGGAGGAGAAACUCCGGCUGGAGGAGGACAUCCGGGCCAAGCAGGUGGAGGUUCAGCGCAUGCAGGAAGAGGUGAACACGAAGGACGAGGAGACGCGGCGGCUGCAGGAGGAGGUGGAGGACGCCCGCAGGCGCCAAGAGGAGGCGACGGCGGCCCUGGUGGCAGCCUCCUCCACACCCCAGCACCACCACGUGAUGGAGGCCGAGGACGACGGGGAGAACGACGAGGCCCUGGCCAACGGGGAACUGGGUAAGGCCGGCAGCCUGAGCAGCGAGGACGAGCACCCCGCACCCCUCCUGGCCAACGGGGCUGACCUGACGUGCCACGAGAACGAAGACGAGGAACUGUUCCGCCGAGAAGAGCAACGUUCCACAGAAGUCUCGAAAAAGAAGGCAUUAGGCGAUCAGCUCGAGAUCCUGAGCAAGGAGCUUUCCCUGAUGAAGGACGAGGCUAAGCUGACGCGCAACGACAUGCUCCACCAGGAGAACGUCCGACAGGGCCGCGACAAGUACAAGACCCUGCGCGAGAUCCGCAAGGGCAACACAAAGCGCCGCGUCGACCAAUUUGAGAACAUGUAGACCGGUCUUCCACAUCCACCUGGUCUUCCACCGUACCUACCCUCGCUUCCCUUCCCGUUUCUCCCGUCCUCGCCAUCUUUUACCUCCUGCCCCCUCCUUCCUCCUCCCCACCUCCCCUUUUCCAUGUUGCGCCGUCUACAACUCGCGCAAAAGGUUUCGUCACUGGCGUCGACAUUGAAACGGGAUCGCUUUGGUCGGUGCCCGUAUUUCUCGUUUUUUUAUACAGGGAUUUAGAGACCGAGGCAAGCAUUCCAGGCUUGGAUUCCCGUUGGGAACUGUUUUCGUAGGUGUACGUUGUUGGGCCCGAGGUCAUGACUGUUGCCAGGAUGGCAGGAGCACCGUUUUUGAGGGUGGUGCUCGAGGCCUCCGAGUUGGUAUUGAAUGCCUUAAAAUAUAGAGAAAAAAAAAACCAUUGUUGCUACUACCCUCUUACUGGUUCAUGUUCUUGCAAAGCAGAAACUCUUAGAAAACGAGUUUUUUUUUUUACUGAAUACUGUACACAGAUUUUUUGCCUUUUUGAAGAUCUUUACUAGUGUGCUAUAUCCGUGCUUGGAACGAUUUUUACAGCAAGUAAUCGGUGACCAACAAGAAUCGUGCCUUCCAAGAAGCUGUUGCCUUUUUUUUUUCCAUAAAGCGUGUAGCAAUCUUGGUGCUUUCUUACGCUCGGAACUGGAGUACUCCUUCCCAGUGUCACGUCUUCUAGGAAACGGGCCUGUUGGCGCUAUUGCUGUUGCGUAUCUCUCCAGAUGUUCCUUCUCUCAACAAAGUAUUGUUUACCUAGCACUAUGGCAUUACUUUCGCGUUUUUUUCCCCUGCUGUUUCGCGAGACUCGUUUUUUCUAAUGUCUGUAACCUCUGGAGAGACAAUAUCCUAGUGAAGUAUGUGAACUGGUUGAAGGAACUGUUCAUAAAUUAAACUAUUUUUUUCAAGCCAAAACAAAUAAAAAGUCCAGUUUUAAAA